AAACCAGGGAUGGACGUUGCUGAUGCCUACGUGACCUUCGUUCGCCAUUCUCAGGACAUUCUGCGUGAUAAGGUCAAUGAGGAGAUGUAUAUAGAAAGGUUAUUUGAUCAAUGGUACACCAGCUCCAUGAACAUCGUUUGCACUUGGCUAACAGACCGCAUGGACCUUCAGCUUCACAUCUAUCAACUAAAAACCCUUAUUAGAAUAGUAAAGAAAACAUACAGAGAUUUCCGAUUGCAAGGAGUUCUGGAUUCUACUUUGAAUAGUAAAACCUAUGACACAGUCCGAAACCGGCUGACUGUAGAAGAAGCCACAGCCUCAGUAAGUGAAGGUGGAGGACUGCAAGGGAUCACCAUGAAAGACAGCGAUGAAGAAGAUGAAGAGGAUGAUUAGAUCUCCAGAUUUAGAGUCCCCCAACCUGGAUGUAGCCUGGAAACCAGUGCAUGUAAUCUAGUCGGUUAUUCAAUUAGCCACAUUAGGAAAUUUUCUGUCUGCUCUAAACGCCCAUGGAAAAUCUACCAAUACAACUCCCAUUUUAGCUGUGUGGUUCUUAAGACUUAGCACCUCUGUUUCGAUUCAUUGAGUUUCCUGAUUUCAUAUCUCUAUGUUUAUAAGCAAUAUGGAGCACCAUUGUUUAAAACAGUUAAUUGAAAAUAAAUCUGCAUAGAAAA